UUUAGUCAUUGUCAGGCAGCGGGUAGGAGAGAGAGAGAGAGAGAGAGAGAGAGAGGGAGAGGUGCAUCCAGGCAGACCAAGUGUAGAGCGUGUGUGUGCAAACUGGGAUGAGUAAAUGCACAGAGCAGCUUAGCUGUUGAUACAGCCAGAGACAGAGGGAGAGAGAGAGAGAGAGAGAGAGAGAGAGAGAGAGAGAGAGUGUGUGCACGAAAGCGAGCGAGAGAGAGAGAGGGUGAGAGAGAAGAAGUGAAAGGGAGAAAAGGGAAGAAAGAAGCAGAGAAGAAAAAAGGGAGGAUACUACAUCUACAACUAUGCUGUGCUGCAUAAGAAGAACCAAACCGGUGGAGAAGAACGAGGAGGCCGACCAGAAGAUUGAACAGGAUGGCACCACCAACAAACCUGAGGACAAGGCCCACAAGGCUGCCACCAAAAUACAGGCCAGCUUCCGUGGACACAUAACUCGGAAAAAGAUGAAAGAUGGAGAGGAAGAGAAGGAAGGAGACAGUCCUGCUGGUGCAGAGGAGGCGACAGAGGGAGGAGACGAGGUCAAGAAAGCAGAGGGAGAGGAGGCACCUGCAAAGGAAGAGGAGGCUGCGGGAGAGGAGACCAAGAAGGAGGAGGAAAGAAGCCAGGCCAAGAGCCCAGUGGCGGACAAGCCAGCUAAUUCUCCAGCAGCUGCUGCUGCUGCCUCUCCUGCAGGCGCAGCAACGUCUCCCGUAGCAGCGGCCCCAGCUGCUGCUUCUCCUACAGCCGCCACAGCGUCCUCUGAGCCCCAGAAAGAGGAGCCAAAGGCUGAGGAGAAAGCUGAGGAGAAGCCCAAAGAGGUAGAGGCCCCAGUGGCGGCAGCCAAGAGUCCCACCAUAGCCACAGCUGAGGAGAAGAAGGAUGAGGAGAAGAGUGAAGUGAAAAAGGAGGAGGCCAGACAAGCCGACGUGCCUGCUGCUGUCAGCCCGACAGCUGAGAAGGAAGAGCCUAACCAAACAAAAGAAGAUGCUGCAGAGGAGUCUAAAGCAGAGGAGGCGACCCCAGUGGAUGCAGCGGCGGAGGCCACCGAGUCCAAGGACGACUAAAGCAAAAGUCUAACCUAAAGAAAGCAGAAAUUAAGAGUAUGAAGAAUAACACAAAAACAAAAAUCUAAAAAGGUUGCUCUUCGCCUUCCCGAUGAGAGGGCAGUCCGUUUCUAUUUGUUUGUCAUUUUUUGUGUGGCAAUGAUUUUCUCAUGUUGGGGGGAGUUUCCAGCGUGAAGUUUUGUGGCUCAAGCUAAUACUAUAAGGAAGUGGUGAUGAUGAUGAUGAUGAUGAUGAUGAUGAUGAUGAUGAUGAUGUUGAUGAUGAUGAUGAUGAUGAUGUUGAUGAUGAAAAAUGAUUGUUCCUUUCACGAUGGAGGAUUUGAUUGGGAUCUUCACUAUUUAAUGUAGGUGAAAUAAUGGUGGAAUGAUCGCUCCCGACUGGAUGUUCACACAUUUAAAAUGCGUCGCAGAUGCACCAUAGUUUAUUUGCAUUGCAACGCACUUUCUUUGUCACACUUUGCAAGUUAAAUCCGAUCUGCAAUUGCACGCACAAAAACAAACUGGUUUUAAAAUGCAACUCUAGUUUUCGACACGGCACAAGUGUAUUGAGAACACAGCAAAAUAGUUAACGACACAUUGGACGGAAAAUAGAAUGUAUAGUUAAAUGUGUGAUGUGUCCAGUUGGGCGGCUUUAUCCUGAAUCCAAAAACCACACAUAGGACAAGACUGUCACUCUCUGUUCUGCUUGAGUCAUUCAAGCUUGGUUUACACCCCUUUUACAAACUCUCUGUUUACUCACAUUUAUAGUAAAGGACCUGUUGCCAUUUGAAUGACAUGAUCAUAUUAUAAGCUAUAGAAAUCUGCUAUAGUAUUGAUGUAACUGGCUCUUACAUGACGAUUUGAGUUCUGCCAACCAAACGUGAGAACAGUAGCAUGAACCAUCGAACCAGAUGCAUGAUGGGAACUCUCCCUCUGAGAGGAACUUUUUCGCAGUCACAAAAACUUAAGAGGUGUGGCGGCUUCUUUUUGAUGUCUUUGGUGUUGUUAUGACAGUUUAUAUGAAUUGGAAAAAUACUCUUGCACUGAUGUUACGGAAAAAAAGAAAAACGCUAAAAAGAAAAAUCAAACAAACGAGCAAAACAAAAAAUACUUUUCCUAUGUUCCAGUGAGUGCAAUGUCCAGUUUCAACCUUAUCAAGGAGUUCAAACUUGUGAGAAAAAAACAUGAAAAAAUAAAAAUGGUUUCAAUGUCUGUUUUCAAAAUAAAGCAAAUGUGCCAAUUACCAUCAUAAA